AUGGCUACCAACAGCCAGAUAGCUUGGGCGCCAUCACUAAAUCACGGCUAUGGCGACGAUCUCAUGCGUCGCAUCUCUCGUACAGUCUCCGGACGCUCCGGCUUCUCCGACUAUGAGGAGCCCAAGGAUGACGAACACAUCAGCAAAGCCGAGGACUGGUCAUUGAUGCCCGAAGUCAAAAGAUAUGCCGACAAUGAUCCCGCUACUGGACGCAAACUCGGAGUCACCUGGAAUAACCUCACAGUCAAGGGUGUUGGUGCUGACGCAGCUUACAACGAGAACUUCCUCAGUCAGUUCAACGUACCACAACACAUCAAGGAGGGACGCCAUCCCGCGCCUCUUAGGACUAUUAUCGAUAACAGCUCUGGUUGUGUGAAGCCUGGGGAGAUGUUGCUUGUGCUUGGCCGCCCCGGUGCUGGUUGUACGACACUUCUGAAGAUGCUCUCGAACAGGAGAGCAGGAUACGCAGAGAUUGAGGGUGACAUCAAGUUUGGGACCAUGGAUCCCAAAGAAGCUCAAAAAUACAGAGGUCAAAUUGCCAUGAACACCGAAGACGAACUAUUUUUCCCUACCCUCACAGUCGGUCGCACUAUGGACUUCGCCACUCGUCUCAAGGUGCCCAACAACUUACCCGAAGGUACUGAAAGCAGAGAGCAAUUUCGCACCGAGUACAAGGAUUUUCUUCUCAGAUCCAUGGGAAUUGGUCACACCGCUGAUACGAAAGUGGGCAACGAGUACGUUCGUGGUGUAAGUGGUGGUGAGCGCAAGAGAGUUUCUAUUAUCGAAACUCUUGCGACAAUGGCCAGUGUUUAUUGCUGGGAUAAUUCAACUCGUGGUCUGGACGCCUCAACCGCUUUGGAGUACACUCGUGCUCUGCGUGCUUUGACAGACAAGCUUGGCUUGGCCACUAUUGUAACCCUCUACCAGGCAGGAAAUGGUAUCUACGAUCUAUUCGACAAGGUCUUGGUCCUCGACGAAGGCAAACAAAUCUACUACGGUCCUCGCGCUCAAGCUCGUCCUUUCAUGGAGAAGCUCGGCUUCAUUUGCGACGACGCUGCAAACGUCGCCGAUUUCCUGACUGGUGUCACUGUUCCUACAGAGCGUAAAAUCAAGAGCGGGUUCGAAGCUCAAUUUCCCAGGAACGCAGUGGCCAUUCGCGAGCGCUAUGAGGUGUCAUCGAUCAAGACCAAGAUGGACAAGCAGCUCGACUUCCCAGAGAGUUCACACGCUAAGGAAUGGACUGCUGAUUUCCAGAAAGCAACUCACGAGGACAAGGCCAAGGGUAUUCCUAAGAACAGUCCAAACACUGUUGGUUUCCAGUCGCAGGUCAAGGCUUGCAUCAUCAGACAGUACGAGAUCUUGUGGGGUGACAAGGCAACUUUCUUCAUCAAGCAGGGUUCUACUCUGGUUCAGGCUCUGAUUUCUGGUUCUCUCUUCUACAACGCCCCUAACAACUCUUCUGGUCUCUUCAUCAAGGGUGGUGCUUUGUUCUUGUCUCUGCUUUUCAAUGCGCUCCUGGCAAUGUCUGAAGUCACUGACUCCUUCUCCGGCCGUCCUAUCUUGGCCAAGCACAAAUCCUUCGCAUUCUAUAACCCCGCCGCUUUCUGUAUCGCUCAAAUCGCUUGCGAUCUACCAGUACUCGUCUUCCAGAUCAGUGUCUUCUCCGUUGUCUUGUACUUCAUGGUUGGCUUGAAGCUGACUGCUGCCGCCUUCUUCACCUACUGGUUCGUGAUUUAUCUAUCGACUUUGGUCAUGACUGCAUUUUUCAGAGCCAUCGGUGCCGCAUUNCCCACAUUCGAUGCUGCAUCCAAGGUUUCUGGUUUCAUGAUCAGUGCGCUCAUCACAUACAUUGGUUAUCAAAUCCCCAAGCCUGAGAUGCACCCUUGGUUUGUUUGGAUUUACUGGAUCAAUCCUAUGGCCUAUGGUUUUGAAUCUCUUCUUGGUAACGAGUUCAAAGGACAAGUCAUCCCUUGUGUUAACAACAACCUUGUGCCUAAUGGUCCGGGCUAUGGCAAUGCUGCAUACCAAGCUUGUGCUGGUGUCCGUGGUGCUCUUCCAGGUGCUACUGAAGUCACUGGUGAGCAGUACCUUGACAGUCUCUCCUACAGCUCUUCGCACAUCUGGCGCAAUGUCGGCAUCCUGUUCGCUUGGUGGUUCUUGUACGUCGCGAUGACCAUCUUCUUCACUCUCCGCUGGGACGAAAACGGUAACUCUAAUGGAUUCCUCUUGAUCCCCCGCGAGAAGGCUCAUCUGGCCAAGGGUCUCAUGAACAAGACCUCUACCGACGAGGAGAACCCUGCCGAAAAAUCUCAGACCUCAAUCUCAAGCGCCGACACCCAGGUCCCUUCCGGCGAUAACGAGAAGCCUAAGUCCGAGUCCGAAAACAAUGAUCAGCUUGUCCGUAACACCAGUAUCUUCACAUGGAGAAACCUGACCUACACUGUCAAGACACCGUCCGGAGACAGGGUUCUUCUUGACAACAUUCAUGGUUACGUGAAGCCUGGUAUGCUUGGUGCUCUUAUGGGUAGUUCCGGUGCCGGUAAGACCACCCUUCUCGAUGUUCUAGCCCAGCGUAAGACAGAUGGUACAAUCAAGGGUGAGGUCCUCGUUGAUGGCCGUCCUCUUUCGGUGUCGUUCCAACGUUCUGCUGGCUACUGCGAGCAACUCGACGUUCACGAACCUUUGACUACUGUCAGAGAGGCACUCGAAUUUUCAGCUCUCCUUCGUCAGAGCCGUGAUACACCUGAUUCAGAGAAGAUUGCCUACGUUGACACGAUUAUUGACCUUCUGGAGCUUCACGAUCUCGAACAUACCCUUAUCGGCAAGCCCGGUGCCGGCCUGUCAAUCGAACAAAGAAAACGUGUCACUAUAGGUGUCGAGCUGGUCUCCAAACCAUCCAUCUUGAUUUUCCUCGACGAACCAACAUCAGGACUCGACGGACAAGCUGCUUUCAAUACUGUUCGAUUCUUGCGUAAGUUGGCCGAUGUGGGUCAAGCUGUACUUGUUACUAUCCACCAGCCGUCCGCCCAGCUGUUCGCUGAGUUCGACACCCUGCUUCUUCUCACUCGUGGAGGCAAAACUGUCUACUUCGGUGACAUUGGCAAAGAGGCAAAUACCAUCAAGGAAUACUUUGGCCGCUACGAUGCUCCUUGCCCAUCAAGCAGCAACCCCGCUGAGCACAUGAUUGACGUCUGCUCCGGCUCUCUAUCUCAAGGCAAGGAUUGGCAUCAGAUCUGGCUGGACUCUCCUGAGAACAAGAAGAUGCACGAAGACCUUGAUGCCUUGAUUCAAGACGCUGCGGAUAAACCCCCGGGUACUACGGACGACGGUCAUGAAUUCGCCACCUCCCUUUGGACUCAAACGAAACUGGUCACCCACCGUAUGAACGUUUCGAUCUACCGCAACACCGAAUACAUCAUGAACAAGAUCAUGCUCCAUAUUGGUACUGCUUUGUUCAUGGGCUUCACGUUCUGGAUGAUCGGCAACGGUGUCUACGAUUUGCAGCUGAAUCUCUUCGCGAUCUUCAACUAUAUCUUCGUCGCUCCUGGUGUCAUUGCUCAGCUUCAGCCUUUGUUCAUCGAGCGUCGUGACGUUUACGAGACUCGUGAGAAGAAGAGUAAGAUGUACGACUGGAAGGCCUUCACCACAGGUCUCAUUGUCUCUGAGAUCCCUUACCUUGUCCUCUGCGCUACGUUCUACUUUGUCUGCUUCUACUUUACCGUUGGAUUUCCUGCAAAAGCUUCGUCUGCCGGCUCGGUCUACUUCGUCAUGCUGGUCUACCAGUUCAUCUACACCGGUAUUGGUCAGUUCGUUGCCGCAUACGCACCCAAUGCUGUUUUCGCAUCACUUGUCAAUCCUCUCAUCAUCGGUACCCUUGUCUCCUUCUGCGGUGUCCUGGUGCCCUACGCUCAGAUUCAACCGUUCUGGCGUUACUGGCUCUACUACCUCAAUCCCUUUAACUACCUCAUGGGCUCUCUCCUUGUCUUCACCACUUUCGACGAAGUUGUUCAUUGCAAGCAAUCUGAGUUUGCAAUCUUCAACCCUCCUCCAGGCCAGACUUGCGCAUCAUACCUUGCCAACUACCUGCAAGGCAUGGGUCACGCUUCCAACCUUAUCAACCCUGGAGCUACUUCCGACUGCCACGUCUGUCAAUACACUCGUGGUAGCGACUACCUUGCUACCCUUAACCUCAAGGACUACUACUACGGCUGGAGAGAUGCUGCCAUCUGUGUUAUUUUCGCUCUCUCUGGUUACGCUCUUGUGUUUGGACUCAUGAAGCUCAGAACCAAGGCAUCCAAGAAGGCUGAGUAA